AUGAGUAGAAAUUCUAGAAGAAAUGAUCUUGAAAGAAUUGACUUUCAAAGAGAAGACAUAAAAAGACUAUUAAAAUCUUUAAAUUUGGUGUCAUCUUUGGAUCUUACCAGAUAUAAUAUUAGAAAUUUGGGUGAUUUGAAAUUACUUUCUAAAGUUAAGAGUAAACUUUUGGAUUAUACCCGUGAACGUCCGGCUGCUAAGCUAGCAAGAGGUGUAUAUACAUGGACUGAAUUUAAACCCUACGCUCGUCGCCACUACCAUGCCUUUAAAGAUUAUCUUAGCGAACAAGUUCCUCCGAUUGAUGCCCCCGAAAAAAUGAUUUUCUGGGCUAUAAAAGACUUGCACAGAUCUAGGCGUGACGCUUUAUUGAAGGAAAGAAGAAAGGACAGAGAAAGGAGAGCCAGAGAAAGACUACAAAAUGCGGAAGCUGACGAUGUCAGACCAGAUGGUUAUGUUGGAUAUCACCCUAAGUGA